AUGCCAGUCUCCACCCAGUCCCCAGACCGCAACCGUCCUCUUGACGACAACAAGGUCACCGGCUACGACCCCCUCAUCCCCCCCGCGCUCCUGCGUCACGACCUGCCCGUCCCCGCCACUGCCGCCAAGACCAUUUCGGCUUCGCGUCGCAAUGCCGGCUCCAUCGUGAAGGGAACCGACCCCCUGGACCGCUUGCUGGUCAUUGUGGGACCGUGCUCGAUCCACGACACUGAGCAGGCCAAGGAGUACGCUUCGCGUUUGCGCAAGCAGGUCCAGGACGGUCGCUGGGGUGGUCUCGAGGUUGUGAUGCGUGUCUACUUCGAGAAGCCCCGUACCACUGUCGGCUGGAAGGGUCUGAUCAACGACCCCGAUAUCGACGGCUCGUUCCAGAUCAACAAGGGUCUGCGUAUGGCUCGCCAGCUCCUCUGCGAGAUCAACGAGAUGGGCAUGCCCGUCGGCUGCGAGCUGCUCGACACCAUCUCCCCCCAGUUCAUCGGUGACCUCAUUACCUGGGGCGCCAUUGGUGCGCGCACCACCGAGUCACAGCUGCACCGCGAGCUUGCCUCGGGAGCCUCGUUCCCCGUUGGCUUCAAGAACGGCACCGACGGUUCCGUCUCUGUGGCCAUUGACGCCAUGCAGAGCGCCAACCACCCGCACUGCUUCUUGGGCAUCAACAGCCAGGGCAACGCCUCCAUCGUCAAGACCUCGGGUAACCGCGAUGUUCACGUCAUCCUCCGUGGUGGCUCGGGUGGCCCCAACUUUGCCAAGGAGCACGUGCAAAAGGCGCUGGAGACUAUGCGCAAGAAGAACCCCGACUCGCACGCCUCGGUCAUGGUCGACUGCUCGCACGGCAACUCGAACAAGGACCACAGGAACCAGCCCAAGGUCGCCGCCGUUGUCGCCGAGCAGAUCGCCGAGGGCGAGCUUGGCAUCACCGGUAUCAUGAUCGAGUCCAACCUUGCCGAGGGCAAACAGUCGUCGGACAAGGGCCGCGAGGGCCUCAAGUACGGUGUCUCCAUCACCGACGCCUGCAUCGACUGGGAGUCGACCCUGGACACUCUUGACGUCCUCAACAAGGCCUCGUUGGCCCGUAGGGAAGUGCUCGCCCAGCGCGCCAGCCGCCAGUCGUCGCCCGUCCUCCACGCCGCCGUCCAGAACCUCAAGGGCGAGCAGUAA